CCUGUCUGUAGUCUGCUUUGUGACAGUCGGCACGUUGCCCACCGCAGUUUGAGCUGCUGCACACAGGCCCGGCAGGACUCCUUGUCUUUCUUUUUUCUGUGAAGACUCAUGGCAGACAAACAGGGUGCGCGGCCUCCGGACAAGUCAGGAAAAGACCAGCAAACAGCAAACAAAGGCCACUGUAUGACAUGUCGGCAGCAUGCACAUGAGGGACAUGGCACAAUGGCUGUUCCUCCUUCAUACUCAGACCUGGGAAAAUCAGCCAAAGACAUCUUCAAAAAGGGCUAUGGGUAUGGAAUUCUCAAACUGGAUCUGAAGACCACUUCCCAGAGUGGUGUGAUGGAGUUUACCACCUCCGGCUCCAACAAAAUAGACAUGGGGAGAUCGGGAGGUCACCUGGAGGUCAAAUACAAAUUGAAGGAUUUGGGCCUGACCUUAAACCAGAAAUGGAACACAGACAAUACCCUCAUCACAGAAGUGACCAUGGAGGACCAGCUGGCUGCAGGCUUGAAGCUUGGUGUGGACACAUCAUUUGUUCCCAGCACCGGCAAGAAGAGCGCCAAACUCAAGACUGCCUACAAGUGUGACUAUGUCAAUGUAGGCUGCGACCUGGCCUUUGACAUGGCCGGUCCCACAGUCCACACGGCAGCUGUUCUGGGCUACAAGGGCUGGCUGGCUGGCUACCAGAUGGCUUUUGACACAGCCAAAUCUAAACUGACCCAAAACAACUUUGCCUUGGGUUAUAAGGCUGCUGAUUUCCAGCUUCACACUAAUUUUAAUGACGGCACAGAGUUUGGUGGCUCGGUUUACCAAAAAGUGAACAGUGACUUGGAGACAGCUGUCAAUCUGGCCUGGACCGCCGGCAGCAACAACACCCACUUUGAAAUAGGAGCCAAGUAUCAGCUGGCGAAAGACUCCUCUCUGUCGACAAAAGUGAACAAUGCCUGCCUGGUUGGAUUAGGAUACACACACACCCUCAGACCAGGAGUGAAGCUCACUCUGUCAUCUCUGAUUGACGGGAAGAACAUCAAAGCGGGCGGACACAGAGUCGGCGUGGGCUUUGACCUGGAGGUGUGAAGGACUGGACAGGAAGCUGGGUCAGGAGACUACUAAAGAGCAUAAAUAUGAGAAAAGCACCUCCACAGUCCCUCAAGUCUAACCCUCCAUCACGUUACUCCCACAUGCGUGUGCAUGCGCACUCACCCACCCUCUCUCUCUCACUUUGGCCUUAAAUCUGCAAAGCCACACAGCUCUAGUACCUCCUGUGUCAAACCUGUUGUUUUUAGAUUUUACACGACAACACCAACAUUUGAGUGAUUCAGUUCAAAGCCAUUUUCUUGUAAUCACAUGCUAGUUUUUUUGACCAGAUGAAGUGCACUUGGUAAACAAGCAUGUCUCUCAGGUAAACAGUAUUAUGUCAAUUAUUUGUCACAGGAGAUUGGAAGGUCCUUCUUAUCUAUGCCAAACAUCAUAGGAGGGCGGAGCCUAUGUGAUCACCUGCUUAUCUUUGUGUGUCUGUCUUUGUGCACUACAAUGCAAAAUGUAGAGGAUGGACUUCAGUGAAACAAUUUGGGUUAGGGACAGGCUGUUUAAAUUCUGUGACAGAUAAUAUGAAUCAGAUUCAAAAUCUCUUUUGAUCUUUUAAUGUUAUUUGAAGAAGGCUCAUGCACAUCUUCAGUAUCUCGUCGGCAGGUAUGUCAGACGAAACCAUAUCCAGGAGAAAAAGUAAUGACUUCCAUGUUUUGUCUUUCACUUUACACACUUUAUUUCAGAAAAUGUUUGUUGUUCAACCUUUAUUAGUUUUUUUUUUUUGGAGUAAGGUUUAUUGCAAGUGAAGGACAAGGAGUGGGAGUCCUCUCUUUUCACCCAAAAACAGUCUUUAUGAUUUCACAGAGACCUACAGCCACAAAUUUAAAGGCACUGGAGUGCACCAUUGAGUUUUUGCUGUGUGUUUACCUCAUGUGUGUUCAUGUCCAGUGAUUGGAAAUCAGUGCAAUAACAGCCGGGGCAGAAUUAAGAAUACAAAAGAUAAAGUAACAUCCAGGACCUUUAACCUCAGUAACAGUGAUGAAGCAUCAGUCACUCCAGUGUCAGUUUUUGAGGUCCUCUUUGUUAAACAUCUGUCACUUCCACUUGUGUAUUAAGUUUACCACUACCACUUCAUCUUAUCAGUGUUGGGCUUUGUAUAGGAAAUAGUCAACAUUUAGUAAACUCUGUGAUUUUAUUGGAAUUGACAGAAUAAACAAUUCAGACAUU